AUGUUGGUCCUCCCGAUGCGACUGUUCCGUGCUAGGCAGCCUCGACUGGGUUGGAGUCCGAUUCUGGACAAAGGAUUCAAGGUGAACUACAUCUUCAUCGUGGUCGUGAUCUUGCUAGUGAUCGCCUUCACAAUCUUGAACUUCUACACGCUCAAUUCGACCUUGCUGAAGGCUGGCCUCUGGAUCCAACGGACCGGCAUUCUCUACUUCGUGAUCUUCAACCUCAUUGCUCCGGUCCUCUACUUCCUCGCACUUCUUUUGCCGAGGGCGCCCGAAGCAGAGAACUUUGGCAUUGGAAGCAUGAACGCCAAGAUGAUCAUCCUGGGCAUCGUCAUCUUCUUCAACUUGUUCAUUUCCGGUUUCCGAAUGGGCACGAGUGAGUCAGAUGCGCGACCGCUCUCCGAUCCAGCUUGGUACGAUACUCGAGCUGCGUUCUACAUCAUCGAGCUCGGCUUCGAAAUUGUGAUCACAUACCUCCUUCUUCUCAGCCGAUUCGACACGCGUUUCUGGGUCCCGAAUGGCAGCCGGAAGCCGGGCGACUACUCACGGAUCGACCCAAAUAAUUCUCAGCGUCGCCGAAUGAAAGUGACUCGGAUGGAGGAGUCGACGGACGCGGACGCCUCUUCGGAGAAGAGCCACAAGGCUGACUCUGCAGUCGCUUAG